AUGGACCUGAAGCGACGCGAGGAGCUGAAGGAUGCAUUGAUCGAUAAGUUCAAGACUCGCUUCGGGCGAAACUCCGUCUUGAAGGAUGUGGACGAGAUGUCAGUCUCUUCAGCCGCAAUCAGGAACGAGGUGGAUCGCUUUGCCAAAACGGCAGCAGUGACAGAAGCCAACCUCAUGCGGCUGGAGAGGCGCUUGCACGGUCGAGCUCAGAAGCGUGUCGCCGAUGACAGCCAGUCUAUGAUUUCGGGCGUAUCUGCCUACACUGGCAUGUCGCGUUCUCGCAGCGCGACCUCUCUUGCAGGAAGGGAAAUGGUUGGAGGUAAGCCCGAGCUGCCUUCAUCCUAUGACUGGACGCGAUUGGAUGAGUACGCGUCCUACUUGCAUGAACAAGAUGCCCUGCGCCAACAGCUGGGCGUGAAAGCGCUGCAGCGAAAGAUGAGAAUGGAUCUCGAUCAGCAGGUGGCAGAGAAGGUGAAGAAGAAGGUGGAUGCUGUGGACGAGGAACGCCGUUACCAUGAGAACUCCCUCAUGGAACUCGAGCGGUGGAAGGAGCAAGAGCAGGUCCGGCAGGACGAAAAGCAAGAGCGAGUGAUGAAGGAGAAGUCCGACAGAGAUGCACAGCUGCAGUACGAGCGUAAACUGAAAGAUGAGGAGCUCCAAAAGAAGAAAGACGAGGAAGCGUCACUUGUGGAGAAGAUUGUGAAUGAGAUGGAAGCAGAGCAGCGGCGCUAUGAAAGGAAGAAGGAGCAAACAAAAAAGGCUAUGCGAAAAGUUUUCGAGGAGAACAUGGAGGAUCAGCGAAAGCGCGACAGGGCCAAGAAAGAAGCUACAGAGAAGGAGGCUGAGACGAUGAAGGAAUACAACCGGCUACUAGACGAGCAGGAAGAGCAGCGUGCACAGGAGCUUGCCGCCCGUAUGGAGCGACAGGGAGAGUUGAUGAAGAAGCUGCUGGAGAAUGUAGAUUCAGUGAAAAAAGGAGCUGGCGACAAUGACGCGCAGCGAGCUUCCUUGCAGGCAGAAGAGCAAGACAGGCACUACUUCGAAGCAGAAUCUGUGAAGCAAAACCGCUUGCAGCAGAUGAGGCAUGAGAAUCAAGCCUAUUUGCUGAAGCAAAUGGAGGAAAAGGAUUCACGAAAAAACGAGGAGAAAUAUCUCCAGCAGAUUCAAGCCCAGAUCCUCGAGCGAGAUGCAGAGGAAUACAACGCAGUGGAGAAGCAGAAAGUAGUCGAUCGCCGUCUCCGCAACAUCGAGCAUCGCAAGGAUAUUGAGCGACAGAUGGAGUAUAAAGCCCGCCAGUCUGUACCAGAAAUGAGUGAAGCUGAGAUUCAGCUGAACAGGCCACUCCUUCAUCUGGUUGAACAGACACUCCAAACUCGGGAUGAGAACCUCAAGAAGGCACAAGACAUGGCACCAGUACUCGAGGAGGACAUGGAUGGCGAUAUGUGA